AUGGCUUUAGCGAUCUCUAAUGAAGAUACGCAGUUGCUGCUGAAUGAUAAGAACGUAUUACAGGAGCAUAAUCUGGAAAAAUACCGUACCGCUGGGCAGAUCACAGAAACUACGUUGAAAUUUCUAGUCAGGUUGAUCAACAAUUCUUACCAUUUUAAGAAGUAUUCCACGCCACUUUCAAUAUCUGAAUUAUGUUCGUUAAGUGAUUCUUUUAUGCAAACUUGCAUCAAUGAUGUGUUUGCUAACAAGGUAAAUGAAAAAGGAAUUGCUCAUCCUACAACGAUUGAUAUUGAUGAGAUAAGUAAAGGUUGGGCCCCAGAAUUAGAUGAUGCAAGCAAUCUAACGCAUUGGAAUAAGGAUCAUGCCAUGGGGAAGAAGAGAGAAUCUGUUUGCCAGGGUAGGAAGAGUGCAGUUGCUGGUUUUUUGCAGGAGGGUGACGUUGUGAAGAUAACCUUAGGCUGUCAUAUCGAUGGAUAUACAUCGCAGGUAUCUCAUACACUUGUGAUUUAUCCAACAAUUACGAGCGAAGAAACGCAGGAAUUGGUGCCUGCUGGACCUCUCUUGGGACCUAAGGCAGAUGCUAUUGCUGCAACACACAUUGCUGUCGAAAGCGUAACUUCUUUAUUGGCUUGCGCAUUAGCCCCAGAAAAACUUCCAGCUGCUUUCCCAGAGAGACAGGUGACGGGUUCUUUGAUUAGACUAGUGGUAGAUACGAUUGCUAAGACAUAUAACUGUGCUUUAGUUCCAGGAUCCCGUGUUCGCAGGAUUAGAAGGUUUUUAGCUGGUCAGUAUGAAGGCGUUGUUGCGGAAAGAAAUGUUAAGGGUGUGUACUGGACAGAAUCUCACCAAGAGGCCGAGCUUUUAUCUGCUAGCGUUGAAGACAAAGAUGUUGUUAAAUCUAAGAAGGGCAAUGGAUUUACUAACGACAGCGCUAUUGCAACAGAUGACUUUUCAGUUUUACCAGGAGAGGUUUAUUUGAUUGAUCUACAGAUGGCUCCAUUGGAUGGAUUGCCUCGCGGUCUAAUCACCUUACAGUCUGUUGAUCAGUACAGUGGCAAGUCUCACAACCAGGAGACCCUGGUUGCUAGACCAAGCAUAAUAUGCCGAGACUUUGCACAACAACAGGUCCUAAAAUUGAAAUCUUCUAGACAAUUGUUGAAUAAGUUGGACAAAUCAGGUGUUUUCCCAAAGAAGCUAUCCCACCUGUCCAACGCAUUCCCAUUAGACAUUGAAAACCCUGAUUGGGAAACCAUUUCCAAGGAACUUAAACCCUUGAGACUGGGUUUAAGCGAAAUUACAAACAAUUAUUUGGCAACCGUGAAAAGCAUCCAGGUGUGCAAGCUAAUUCCUUGGGAUACCAUCUUAAAAGCUGCAAACCCAACUGGAUCCCACGGCAUCGAUGCUAAUGAACAAGCGCUUCCUGGUCAUGAACUUCCUUUGCCUCAAUUGAAUAUCUCAUCUUUGAAGUUGAAAGCACUCAUGAAGGAAGCUAUUUCCGUUCCAGUUGCACGUAAGUCCAUAACUGUCGUUCUCUGCAGUAGUUCCAUAACAUCUUCAGGUAAAGAAGAACUUUUGAAGUUAAAUGGCGGAAGUUGCACCAGAACUAGUUGGGUUCAUUCUAAAUAUGAAUUGAACAGCUCUGAUAAAAUUAGCCAAGGUAUUUUUCAACUAGCUCAAUUGUCAAAAGAUAAGCGAUUCGGUCUAACAAUUCGCGAAACUCAACCUUGGAAAAUGAAGAAUAUGAAAGAUACCGUCACUCCAAUUAACCCUGACAUGGUUAUGGAAUAA